AUGCGUUUUUUUUACUUCAUUGUUGAAAUCGCAGCUACAUUCCUCGCUUCCAGUGAUGCUCUCAAGGGUAACCAACGGCUACUGAGGCCAGGCCAUUACACAGUAGCCGAUUUCGAAGAGAGAGGCCCCUUACAGCGACGUGAAGGAGUUAGCGAAGAGUUUUGGGAUCAAUUUGGAGAAAGCAAGAAUUAA